AAGAAGGUAUAAAAGCCGAACCCACAAUACAUUAGCGUCAUUCUCUCUUGCAUCGUUCCAGAGAAAGCUGCUUUUGUACAAGUUACAGUUUAAGCAAUAUGUUCCACUUGCUGUUCCUGGCCUGCCUGACCAUGGCAAGCGGCCACACCUUUAAUACCGUUUAUUCAUGGAAACAGGUCGAAUUCAAACUUCCAAAUGAUACCAUCCGAAACGAGUACAUAACUUCCGGCGAUUAUAUCCCGGAAAAUAACGUGCCAGUAGGUUUGGCGACUUGGCACAAAAAAAUGUUCGUCACGGUACCGCGGUGGAAGAAAGGUGUUUUAGCUACUUUAAAUAGCUUUUCAAUGAGCGACAACGAGGAUAGUCCAGUCUUAACACCGUAUCCUAGUCUUGAAGCAAAUAACAUUAGCUCUCCUGACGGUCUCGUAAACAUAUUUCGUGUCAGAAUCGAUGAUUGCGAUCGCAUGUGGGGUCUUGACACAGGAGUAGACGACAUUUUGGGAGACCUCAAAGUUGUGCAACCGAUGAGACUUAUUGUCAUCGAUUUGAAAACAAACAUGGUUAUACGCAAAUACACGUUAAAGGAUACGGAUGUAAAGCCGGAGAGUUUUAUUGCCGAUCUUGCGGUCGAUGUUACACCUGGACAAUGCGACAAAGCAUACGCGUAUAUGAGCGACUUCUCCGAAUACGGCAUAGUGGUGUACAGCUGGGAAGGAAACGAUUCUUGGCGCAUUAAUCACCACUUUUUCCAUUUUGAUCCGUUAAACGGUGAUUAUAAUAUUAACGGCUAUAAUUUCCAAUGGACUGAUGGCGUAUUUGGAAUGUCCCUGUCGCCGAUUUGCCCCGAUGGAAAUAGAACUCUAUAUUUCCAUUCCAUGUCUGGUAUCACGGAAUUUUCUGUGUCUACGGAUAUUCUGAAGGACAAUGAAUCGAACAGAUCAGAAAUCUAUCAAAAUUUCCAUAUUGUUGGCACUAAGGGACCGUUGACUCAAGGACCAUCUUCUAUUAUCGAUCCGAGAACCUGUAUCAACUAUUUUACGCAAAUAAACAGAAAUGGGAUCGCGUGUUGGGAUAUUGCAACGGAAUUGAAUCCAAACACAUUCAAAUUGGUGGCGCAGGACAACACAACAUUGGUGUUCAGUCAGGAUAUAGUAAUCGAUGACGAGUCUCGAAAAUUAUACGUGCUCUCUAAUAAUUUGCAGAAAUUCAUGAAUGAAAACUUUGAUCCGUUAACAAUGAACGUCUUUAUUACUUCUGCCGAUCUCGAGACAUUAACAUUUCUCUGCAAAGAUAAUGCAGCGCAAUGAUCAAAGAGAGAAGAAAGAACACUCAAUUAUAUAAAUAUAAUACUACACAUUAAUGCAAUGACAAAUGUACUGUAGAUUCUACACAGUAAAAAAUAAAAUGCUAAUUUUGUAAACACUUUUGUAUGUUCCA